AUGUCAUUUAGACUUAGACAAGUUGAUCAAGAUCAACAACAACAAAAACCAAGAAAAUCAAAUAAUAAUAAAUUACCAAAAUGUUUUAAAAUAAAAGUUGAUAUUUCAAAAGUUGAUUUAUUAAUUAUUAAACGUUGGAUAGAAACUAAAAUCAAUUUAAUAAUUCCCAAUGAUGAUAUUAUUAUUGAUUAUAUAUAUGAAUUAUUAUUAUUAUCACAAGAUGAAUCCACAACAACAAAUGAUUCAUAUCCUGAUAUAAAAUCAAUUCAAUUACAACUUGUUGAUUUCUUGGGUGAAGAUGAUUCAAUACGAUUUUGUGAAGAAUUAUGGAAUUUAUUAAUUGAAGCACAAGAUUCACCAAGAGGAAUACCGAAACUGCUUUUACCAAAACAACAACAUAAACAAGAGAGAGUGGAGAAGGAAAAGAAAGGAGAAGAAGAGGAGGAGGAGGUUGUUGUUACUCCACCCAAAAAGACAAAUUAUAAUAGAAGUCGUGUAGGUAAUUAUAAUGUUUCAAAAUCUACAGAUAAACAACAAUCAAGAGAAAGUUAUAGAACUCAAGAUAAACGAGAUAGAGAUGAAACUAGAUAUUCUAAUAAGGGAAGAGAUAAUAAUCAUGAUAAGAAGACCUAUCGAGAAAGAGAUGAUCCUUCAUCACAACAAGAUCGAUAUAAAGAUGAUAGAAGAAGAAUAAAAUAA